AGGUCAAACAUGGCAGAAGAAAAUAUGACUCUGGUGACUGAGUUUGUUCUCACAGGACUUACACAUCAUCCAAAGCUGAAGAUGCCCCUGUUCCUGGUGUUCCUUGUGAUCUACCUCAUCACCAUGCUGGGCAACCUUGGCUUGAUUGCUCUCAUCUGGAAGGACCCCCACCUUCACACCCCCAUGUACUUAUUCCUCAGUGGUUUAGCCAUGGCUGAUGCAAGCACUUCAUCCUCUGUGACCCCCAAGAUGCUUAUCAAUUUUUUAUCUAAAAAUCAUAAGAUAUCCGUAGCUGAGUGCUUUACUCAAUUUUAUUUUUUAGGUUCCAGUGCUACUACAGAAUGUUUCCUCCUGUUAGUGAUGGCCUAUGACCGCUAUGUAGCCAUAUGCAAUCCCUUGCUAUAUCCAGUGGUGAUGUCCAAUAGCCUCUGUACUCAGUUUAUAAGUGCUUCAUAUUUUGUUGGUUUUCUGCAUUUAGUAAUUCAUGUGGGUUUGUUAGUUAGGUUAACUUUCUGCAGGUCCAAUAUCAUACGUUAUUACUAUUGUGAAAUUUUACAGCUGUUCAAAAUUUCUUGCACGGAUUCUACAGUUAACAUGAUCGUGCUUUUAAACUUUUCCGUCUUUAUACAAGCCUUCACCUUUUUAAACAUUAUUGUGUCAUAUAUCAAAGUCCUCUUUGCUAUUCUUAAAAAGAAGUCUGAGAAAGGCAGACGCAAAGCCUUCUCCACCUGCAGUGCCCAUCUGCUCUCUGUAUCUUUGUUCUAUGGCACUCUGUUCCUUAUUUAUGUUUGUCCUGGGUCUGGACCAGUUGAGGAUAAGGAAAACAUGUUUUCUUUACUUUAUACAAUAAUAAUUCCCCUGUUAAAUCCUUUUAUUUAUAGCCUGAGGAAUAAAGAAGUUAUAGGUGCCUUGAGAAGACUAAUGAAGAAAUAA